AUGGCCACGGAUGCGACCCAGCAGGUAUGGGACAGCGUAGUUGCGCUGAACUCCACGAUCACGGAUCACGUCGCCUCGGUUGUGCCAAAGAGUCUGCAUGACAUUUCCGGCAUGCAGGUCGUAUUCACUGUGUUGGCCCUCGCAGUGAGUCUGCUGGCGAUGGAGCAGGUCGUGUAUCGCGUCAAGAAGGGCGGCCUGCCUGGCCCAGCCUGGACGAUCCCGCUGAUCGGCAAGUUCGCCGACUCGCUGCACCCGUCGCUCGAAAAGUACCAGGAGGCAUGGAACAGUGGCUCGCUCAGUGCUACUAGCGUGUUCAACAUCUUUAUCGUGAUUGCCUCGUCGACCGAGUACACGCGCAAGAUCCUCAACAGUCCGAUGCACGCGGAGCCAUGCCUCGUCGCAUCUGCCAAAAAAGUGCUGUGUCACGACAACUGGGUGUUCUUGAACGGCAAGGCACACGUCGACUACCGCAAGGGACUCAACACGCUCUUUACGAGCCGUGCCCUCGGCAUCUACCUGCCCAUCCAAGAGGCCAUUUACAAGAAGCACUUUCAAUUGUGGACGGCUUCGCCCAAGUCCGAGGCUGAGCCUUUCAUGCUCCCGCUGCGUCAUUUAAACCUCGAGACGUCCCUGCGUGUGUUUUGCGGCAACUAUAUCUCGGAACAGGGCGCCAAGCAAAUCUCGGACGAGUACUGGCUCAUUACAAUGGCGCUCGAGCUUGUCAACUUCCCCUUUGCCCUUCCGGGCACCAAGGUAUACCGCGCUAUUCAAGCACGAAAGAAUGCCAUGAAGUGGUUCGAGCACACGGCCGCCGAGAGCAAGAAGCGCAUGGCGCUGGGCGAGGAGGUGACGUGCCUGACUGACGCGUGGAUCCGCGCCAUGAUCGAUGCGCGUGAGGACCGCAACAACGAAGACCUGGGAGCCGAGCAGCGCCGUGUCUUGGUGCGUGACUUUUCGAACCGCGAAAUCGGUAUGGUGCUGCUGAGUUUCCUGUUCGCGUCGCAAGAUGCCAUGUCAAGCGGUCUGACGUACUUGUUCCAGCACCUCGCUGACCAUCCUGAGAUCCUGCGCAAGGUGCGUGAGGAGCAGUACGCGAUACGCAACAAUGACGUCGAGGCGCCCGUGACGAUGGAUACCGUGGAAAAAAUGACAUACACGCGUGCUGUGGUCAAGGAGAGUCUGCGUCUCAAGCCGCCGGUGCUGAUGGUGCCAUAUCUCGCGCGGCAGGCUUUCCCUAUCAGCAAGGACUACACGGCUCCCAAAGGUAGUAUGGUCAUCCCCAGCUUCUGGAACAGUCUGCACGACCCCGCCGCAUAUCCAUCGCCGGACGAAUUCUUGCCGGAGCGCUGGCUCGAGGGCCCCGACUCGCCCGCUGCCAAAAACCCCAAGAACUACUUGGUGUUCGGCAACGGACCGCACAAUUGCAUCGGCAAGGAGUACGCCAUGCAACAUCUUGUGACCGUGAUUGGCGCAGCCUCUGUGCUGAUGAAUUGGGAACACAAGCGCACGGAUUUGAGUGAGAAGGUGAUGAUCAUUGCUACUAUCUAUCCCACGGAUGGCGCAUGCCUCAAGUUCUCUCGGAGGCCAGCACCACCCAUGGAUGCCCCUGCUGCCGUAGCCGCAGCCAUGUAG